GCAACAGCAACGUACCCUCUUUCUCUUCUGCCUUCCUCUCUCUCGUGACCUUCCCUGCUAGAGAUGGCAGGCGGCGGCGGCGGCGGCGGCGGGAAGAAAGACCGCGGCGAGGGGCUGGGGCGCGCUCUUGUCCGGCAGCGCAAUAAGCAGGCCUUGGCCGCCAAGGCGAGGGGCCAGCAGCUCGUCAUCUCCCGCCGCGCGCAGCAGGCGCUGCCGCUCGAGUCCGUCAUCGAGGUCAGCGACAUCGACGCCGUCCUCCAGCGAGCCGCCGAGGAGGAACUCCUCCACGGCGACGACGCGGAGGGCGCCGCCGCCCUGACCGCCGCGCUCGGCUCCGGCCUCAUCGAUCUGGAUGGGACGGGGGAUACGGAGGAGGAGAGGCGGCUUCUGCGGGAGGAGCAGGAGGCCCUGCACGCCGACAGCCUCAGGGUGCCCCGCCGGCCCCCGUGGACUGCCCAGAUGACGACCGAGGAGCUCGACACCAACGAGAAGCGGGCCUUCCUGGAGUGGCGGAGGAACCUCGCCAGAUUGCAAGAGAAUGAAGAACUUGUCCUUACGCCUUUUGAGAAGAAUCUUGAUAUCUGGAGACAACUGUGGAGAGUACUUGAACGCAGCGAUUUGCUCGUUAUGGUCGUCGACUCUCGAAAUCCCUUGUUCUACCGUUGCCCUGAUCUUGAGGAAUAUGCACAGGAAAUUGAUGAGCACAAGAGAACACUGCUUCUUGUAAACAAGGCCGAUCUUUUACCACUGAGUGUCAGGCGGAAAUGGGCAGACUACUUUAAGCAACAUGAUAUUCUCUAUUUAUUCUGGUCUGCUAAAGCUGCUACUGCAGUAUUAGAAGGGAAAAAAUUGAGCAGCCAAACCAUGGAAGAAUCAGAUACAGAUCUUGAUACAAAGAUAUAUGGCCGGGAAGAACUCCUGGUGAGGUUGCAGGGCGAAGCGGAGUAUAUUGUGAGCCAAAAGGGAACAUCCGCUGUUGGAGAGAAACCUGAAUCUAGUUCUGAAUCUGCCUUGGUGCGACCCAAGCGUGUGGUUGUUGGAUUUGUUGGUUAUCCAAAUGUUGGGAAGAGUUCAACCAUCAAUGCUCUGGUAGGUGAGAAGAAGACCGGUGUAACAUCUACACCUGGCAAGACCAAGCAUUUCCAGACGCUGAUAAUCUCAGAGGAGCUCAUGCUCUGCGAUUGCCCUGGUCUGGUCUUCCCUUCCUUUUCAAGCUCGAGGCAUGAGAUGGUGGCGUGUGGUGUCUUGCCAAUUGAUAGAAUGACAAAGCACAGGGGAGCAAUUCAAGUGGUAGCAAAUCGUGUGCCGAGAAAUAUCCUGGAACAGGUUUACAAGAUCACCCUACCAAAGCCUAAGGCAUAUGAGGAAGCAUCUCGACCACCAACCGCCGCUGAGUUGUUGAUGGCGUACUGCACAUCUCGGGGGCAUGUCAGCCAUGCUGGGCUGCCUGAUGAGACCAGGGCUGCUCGGCAGAUACUUAAGGAUUACAUUGAUGGAAAGAUUCCACACUUUGAGCUUCCUCCUGGUGAGAUAGAUGAUGAAACUGAUGGAGAGGACAACAGUGACAUAGAAGGCUCAAGCACUGCAGCAGCUGAUCAAUCAGACGACGAUGCUUCUGAUGAAGAUGAUGAGGAAAUCAAUCGAGCUGAACCUAACAUCAGUCAUGCCCUAAACGACCUUGCAUCUUUUGACAUGCAUGGCCAAAUGACCAAGGGUUCCACAAAGAAGAAGAAGAAAGAAGCAUCCCACAAGCACCACCGGAAACCCCAGAGGAAGAAGGAUCGAUCAUGGAGGGUUGGAAACGAUGGUGCUGAUGGGUCGGGGGUUAUACGGGUGUUCCAGAAACCCGCCGUUAAUCUUGCUGCCAGUAGCACUAGCGUCGUAGGUUAGUGCUUCAGUUUUUUGAUGACUUGUGUGCCGCACCCGAGCCCCUUCCCUGUAACUCUCCCUCACAUUACAAGUACCCAUGAUGUUUGGAUGGAAAAUGUUGCCGAAACUAAACCUAUCAUUCCAAAAACAUUUCUCUAUUUUGCUUCAA